ACAGUGUACAGGGAAGGAACAAAACUUGGAAUAAGAUCACAAUUAUGGAUUAUCAGUUGAAAAUAUUGGAUAUCAAGCGGUGAUGUGCAAAGUAUUCCAAGAUUGAGAUCAUUUAAAGGAGAAACGUCUUCAUUGCUUUUCCUCAGUAAUUUCUAUACAAGGUACAAGUACAGUCUGUGUAUUUGUCGGAAAUUUUUUGGGUUUAUCACAACGAAAAACAUCAGUUUAUUAUAUACAUUUUGUGGUAAUUUUCCAUGGUUUUCUAUAUUUGUUUGUCAAUAACAAAGUAGAUUUUGCAUGCGAGCGGGAAGCAAGAUUGAGUUGUUGUAGGCGAGAGCGAGAUGGAGAGGGCACGCGCUAGAAAGAUGGAAGAGAGGCAGAGAGGGGCAGCAGAAAGACUGGGAGGCCAAGAGCGAACCGGGUUAGAUUGGCAAUAUCGCUCUCAGAACUUAGUGCAAUCGAAUUUAAAAACCCUGUUAUCGAGAUCGGUCGAGAGUUGGGCUAUAUAUUCCGCUGCAAAUACUGCACUUCAGUUUAGGUUACCACCUCCCAUAAAGCAUUACGAAACUUUAAUAGAUUCUAGAAAUAAUGCCCAAGUUCAUAAACGAAGUCUGUGGGCUCAUCGAUUCCUACGGCGGUCGGGAUAUCCUGAUGGAGGCGUUGUGCCAGGGAGCGAAGUUGGUGGCGGGAUACCAGGCCAAGCGGAACCCAGACCUGUCCCAACGAUGUGCCACCGUCAGCUCGAAGAUCUCGGGAGCCCAGGCCACCCUGCGUCUGAUCGGCGAUCUUCCCGUGAUCCGCUACACCCUGGAGUACGGAUUGGGCGACUGUGAACCGGAUCGCAUCAUGGCCGUACUGGGCGUGAUGUCCAACGCGGUGGACCUACUCUUCUACCCCAUCGAGACCAUCUGCUGGCUGGCCGAGCACAGAGUUUUGAAUGUGAGAAACAGGGACACAUGGAGCUAUGCCAACUCCAUAUUCUGCGUGCUCUCCAUAUACCUGAACCUCGUAAGGACAUUAAGGACUUUUUCGCUGAAUCGGAACCAGCUGAACCGACAGGAUGUGGUUUCCUUCGCGCGCAUCUCCCUAGAUCUGGUCCACGCAGUCAGCAUUCUGCCCAGAGGUUACUUGUGGGGUGGGAAGAUGUCAACCCUCCAAAUCGGAGCCAUUGGAACCCUCUCCGCGGCACUUGGAAUCUACCAGAUCUUGGCCAGGAAGAGAAUGACCUAGUAAAAGUAUAUACAGCUCGAAUUCGUCGAACGAAAUUUGAAGAUUAUCGUACGUUUUGGUACGCUGAUAUGGAUGAAUAAUUUGUAUUCCGCCCUAGAUAGUAUUAGUUUAUAAGAUCGUAAAUAUCCCAUUUAAUAAGAUGAUUUUAUGUGUAUUUUGUGGAAAUAUUAAAUAUUAAAUA